CUUGCAGUGAAUUAAGAAAGCAUAAGUGAUUGACCAUGAUUAUAAGGUUGCCAGCAUCACUAAAGUUGUUUUGACGCUUGCCAUACUCUAACCUUCUUUACUUUGACUCAUCACAUUCAUCAAGAACCAUCCGGCAACAUCAUACAGCUGGCUUCAAUUAACCAAGUGACCGCAGAGCCUUGCUCUCAUCUCUUUGCUUUCAUAACAACUCGAUCCUAUUCCGCCUUCUCAAACCAUGGCGGACCAGUCACCAGCACCCAAGAGGCAGCGAUUGUCCGCUUCUGGACUGCUGUCGAUGUUCAAACCAAGACAAAGACCCUUGCCGGUACCUAUGAGUCCUGCUCAACCCACGAGUCAAACCUCUCCUGUGAAUCAUAUGAGAGCAGAAGAUCUGCCGCAAACAGAGUCUUCUAGCAACACCAAGUCUGAAAAUGAAGACACCGCAGUCGUCCACAUUCUCGACGACGAUGAUGGAGACAUGUUAUCUAACAUCGAUGUCAAGAGUCCAAUCAAGCUUAACGCAAUCACGCCAACCAGAUCUUUGCCCCCUCGAGCUGCCCGGACCAAAGUUGAAUACAACUCAAGGACCCCUAAAUCGACCACGCCCAGGCGCAAAUCCAAGAGACAACAGAUCGCCGACAACCGUGUUAUGGAUUCCGACAUGAUCACUGACGAAGUCGCAUCACCCAAGGCCAGAGCCAAGGCUCCGCGCGUUGUCAAAACCGACACUGUGCGAAACCGAGUGCGUGAUGACAUCGCAACAACGACAAGAGCAAAGCGCGAUGCCUUCCUCGUUCACCACAAAGACUACUUCUUGCCCUUGCUGCCUUCCAGCAACUACAUCUCGAAGCUACUAGCCGAGGGCACGCAUCAGGAAUACGUGCCAUUCACCCCCAUCAGCAAGCAGCCGGCUGGCGUUGUUGCAACCAUGAAGCCGUAUCAGCUCACCGGUCUCUCUUUCUUGGCCAACAUGUAUGAAAACGCAAUGCCUUGCAUUCUUGGAGAUGAGAUGGGCCUCGGAAAGACGCUACAGACCCUGUCGCUGAUUCAGCACCUUGAAGAGACUCACCCCAGCCCGGUCGGUAUUGCUCGACCAUACCUUGUCGUAUGCCCCCUCAGCGUUCUGAGAUCAUGGUGUGAUGAAGCCCGGAAAUGGACCCCAGGACUCAAGGUUCUCCGCUUCCAUGGCACGAACUCUGAGCGCGAUGAGGUGAAGUUGAUGGCAUCUGGAGCUACCGACAGAUACGGAAACGCGACUGGUCGCAACAAAUCGAAGAUGGGUGAGAUCUCUGCUCCUACCAACGAAGACUCUGGAACAGUCUUUGACAUUAUGGUCACCACCUACGAAACGUUUGUGUCAGAGAGUGCCUGGUUGAAACGCGCCUUUCCAUGGCGUUAUUGCAUCCUCGAUGAAGGACACAAGAUCAAGAACGACAAGACAAACAUCGCGCUUGCUUUGCAAGGCCUGCAAGCCGAGCAUCGUCUGCUGCUUACUGGAACUCCUUUGCAGAAUGAUCUUCACGAGAUGUGGGCCUUGCUACAUUGGCUGUAUCCAAGUGUUUUCACCGAGAAGACCGCGGAUCUAUUCAAGGAAGCAUUCAACAUCGGUCGUGGUCAGGUCGAUUCGAAAUUUAUGGAUUAUGCACGACAUCUGCUUGAGCUUGUCAUGAUUCGCAGAAUGAAAAGCAGUGCUGGCGUCGAUUUGGGGCUGCCUACCAAGAGCGAGGUCCUGCUCUACAUUCCUCUAACUCCAGUCCAACGCUUUUGGUAUACAAGAUUGCUUACAAAAGCCGGCGGCACAUUGCUUGAUGAUAUCUUCGGCAAUGUACAGCAGAAAGAACACGACGCGCUUAUCCAGGAUGUCGCAGAAGAUGCUCAACUCGAUCAUAUCAAGAAUGCCGUCGACAACGACUUCAACAACCAAAGCCGUGCUCUCAUCGAGCAGGCUAUCUCGAACGAAGCAAGUGGAGAAAAAGACACCUCUGCUUAUAAGAAGCUCAUGAACAUCGUCAUGCAAUUGCGUAAAGCCUGCAUUACCCCAUACAUGAUCAAAGGCGCUGAGCCAGAGCCGUACAACCUUGGAGACCACAUCAUGCACGCUUCUGGCAAGUUCAUAGUAUUGAGUAAGCUAAUCGACGAGCUCGUCAUAAAGCAGAAAAAGAAGAUACUUAUUUUCUCGGGCUUCACUUCAGCUCUUAACUACACUGAAGAUCUCCUCCUAACAAAAGGCAGCAAUGGACACGGAGCACCAUUCCGCCAUGUGAGACUCGAUGGUGGUACGCAGAGAGCGCUGCGCAACUUGCAAAUCAGACUGUUCAAUGAUCCAUCUUCGGCGGAGAAGGUCAUGCUUAUCUCUACUCGCGCCGGUGGUCUGGGCCUCAACCUUACUGCUGCGAGCGACGUUAUCUUCUUGGACGAAGACUGGAAUCCGCAGGUCACACUCCAGGCAGAGGCACGCUCCCACCGUAUUGGACAGACGAAGCCUGUCACCGUGUACAAGCUAUUAAGUUCUGGCACCGUGGAAGAGCAGAUGAUGGGCCGAAUCAGAAAGAAGAUGUAUUUAUCUGCAAAAAUCACCGAAUCCAUGAGAGACUUACACGGUCCCGACGAGUUGUCAAGAUCAAACGGCGCUGAACAAGACGAAAGUUCGAUGGACAAUGGUCCUGAGCUUGGGUUCUCGCAGUUGAAGAGCUUGAUUCGUCGUGGUGCAACGACCUUGAGUCACCCGGAGAUCGAUGUGAAUGAAAUGGUCACCUGGGACCUCGAGACGAUCAUCGAGAAGUGUAAAGAUAAACCAAUCGAUCCUCACGUCAACGGUGAAUCCGAAGAGGCUACAGAAAAAGAGUGGUUAGCAAAGAUGGAGCGAGUCGAGAGUGCUGUGCUCGACGGUGUCAGGUAUCAGAAGGAGAUCAACAAGAAGACCGCCGACGGCCCCGUUCUGUCUCGUGCAGACCGUAGGGCAGACAAGAACACUACCGUGAUGGUCGACGGGUACGCUAUCAACAAGGAGAGCAUGAACUGCAAAGCCUGGGAAGCCGUUCCAACAUUCGCAGGCAAGGACCCCCGACUGGCGGAACCCAAGCGCGAAAAAGCAGCGCCUGUUCCUCAUCAAGAAAUCUGCCAAAGCUGUUUCGAUGGUGGCGAAAUCUAUCUCUGCUCAGCUUGUCCUCGUUCAUACCACUUGAAGUGCCUCAGCAAGCAGUAUCAAGCCAAGGCCAAGUCCAAGAUGAACUUCCACUGUUCUCAACACGACUGUCAUGAUUGUGGCAAAAGCACAGCCAAUGCCGGCGGUUUGAUCUACCGCUGUCGUUGGUGCCAUAAGGGCUUUUGCGAAGACUGCCUUGACCCUGACGCUGAUCUGCUAGGCGAUACACUGCCAGAAUACGAAGUUUUGGGCUACCCGAUCAAGCGCAACGCUUACUACGUCCAUUGUACCGAGUGUAAAGAAUCAGAGCAAGAUCCUGAAUUCGGAGCGCUCAUUACUAGCAUGACUGAGCAGUACAGCAGAGAGUACACCGAGCUAAUUCAGUCUCAACAGGCCAACUAUAUCGAUAACACUCGCGGUGGUGCUGAAGCUCCGAUGCCACCUAGCCGCGACGAGUCCAUGACUGAUGGCAUCACUCUCGAGUCAUCCGGCCAGGCCACUCCUCUGGAUGUCGCCAGACUGGGCAAGCGUCGAAUGGAGUUCAUGGAUCUUACUGAGGACGAUGACGACGUCAUCCGUCUGACCCAAGGCAACAUCGGCAAGAUGCAGCCUGAUCCAACCCCUGACGAUGAGAUCAAGACCGAAGCAACCAUGUCCAACAAACGACCCUCGAAGGCAAAGAAGCGUAGAACUCAUUAGAUAUGGGAUGGAUUACCUGCGGGGAUUAUUCUAUAAUGUUCAGAGCGGCAAAGAAUGGCGCCAGUACAUGAAUGAUUGAAAUGAUAGAGAUGAGGAUGAGAAAAGGGGGAAAUUAUCAGAGGCCUGUUCUUCCAACGUGUACUUGUACGUAGAUAACAUUGCUGUCUUACAUUCUAUCACAAGGCAGACAGAAUUAAAGAGCGAUG